ACAGGUAGGUAAAAUGGAAGAAUACUUUGGGAAACUUGUUACUUGGCAACGCAACCAAUAAUUCCAACGUGCCUCGAGGUCUCUGUAGAGGGGCACGUAUUUCAGACUAACCUUUCUGCCCUGCUGCUCCCUCCUUCUCUCUCUUCCUCUCACACCCCCUCUCUUCUCACUGUGACAGGAGCUGGUUGCUCUAAAAGAGAAACAGCUUCUCUCCUCUGACACAAGUGGUUCCUCUGACAGGGAUAUGAACAGGGAAACAGCUUCUCUCCUCUGACACAAGUGGUUCCAGGUGGGUUUCAAACUCAUUAACUCUCAUUUGGGUUUACAAAGAUAUAUUCCACCUGGAUCCUUGGCAGCAAAAAGCUUUCGAUCCAUACCAUCCUUGAGGCUGAAAUAUGAGAUCAAAGAAAGACCAAGGCACCGUACCAACUGAGAUUCAGAAGAGCUCCUAGGUGCUUUAAGAUCGCCACACGUUGGAAUCAGGACGUGAGUCAACAACAACCGUACGUGUGAAUGAAUGAGAAUGGUAAAGGCACUUGUUCAAGCUUGCUUGAGGUUGCUGUGGAUUCUCACCGUGGCAAAGUGUAAGAUCCCAGAUGCCCACGUGACAUGCCUAUUCUCUGAAGACUGUGUUCUGCCCUGCAAUUUCAAACCCAGUGGGAAUGAGAUCAUCCGCUGGUACCUCCACAAAGUGCUCCUCCUCAGCCAUUCCCAGCAGGGUGGGGAACAGCCUCCACAGGAUCACAGUACCAGGACGUACCUGCUCCAGGACCAGCUCUCUCGGGGCAUCGCCUCGCUACACCUCAGCCAGUGUGGCAUCAAGGACAGAGGCCGCUACAGGUGUCUGGUCAACAGCACUCUGGGACAACAGGAGUCCUUUGUCAUCAUGAAAGUGGAGGCUCCCAUCAAGAUGGUUACUAUGGAGAAGAGUAUGAACAGAGAGAUUCAGUGUCUGUCCAAGGACAUCUUUCCCGCUCCCCGUGUGCAGUGGUCCACUCUGCCCCCAAAAGACAACCUGAGACCCAUCACCCAUAUGGGACCCAACACUGAAGGCCUCUACUCCUUUCAGAGCACGCUGAGAAUGUUUGAAAAUACCCUCACCUACAUCUGCACCGUUAACUCCACAUAUGGAUCACAGUCAUGGAGGAGCUCACUGCAAGAAAGAGGGUUGAUUGGAGAGGCGGGGAAAGAGCUGUCCAUACCCUGCAUCGCUCCACAGAACCUCCAGAACUUCUCCCUCACCUGGACCUUCACCAGAACCAAUGAUCCCACGGUCAUCCUCAGCUACGACAGCAGAACCAGACGGACCUCCAACCUCUGGGAGGGCCGGGCUGGACUGGAGCAGGACCAGGUUCUGAUGGGCAACGGAUCCCUCCUUCUUCACAACCCAGAGAGUCGGGAACAAACAGGAACUUACACCUGUACAUUCACAGGCCUCCAGAGCAGACACAUGGUCCAAACCCAGGUCAACAUCAGGUCAAGAUCCCAGUUACCAGUAACAGAAAAGAUGCCAAAGACAACAGACCAGGCAGAGCGUACAGGGGGAAGUCACUUCCAAAUGUUGGUGAUUGUUGUAGUAGUUGCAGUGGUGGUUGCAGCAGUAAUAACAGCACUACUACUGUAUAGAAAACUACGAGCCAACCAACGGCAGGCUGGUGGGACCACUGUGGAGGACACAGAGAUGCAGCCAACGGAACCUAUUAAGACAGAUGAUUCACCAAUGGAUAACUGCCAGCUGACAGAAGACCACAACAAUAGCUAUAAUUAGCUCUGACUAACAAGCAGGUUAGUGCUAUCCGGGACCCUUGGGAGUUGGGAUGUCCUUACCCUAAACCCUAACCUUAACCCCCUACCCUUACCCUUAGCUUAAACCUAACCAUAACCAUUACCUAACCCUAACCCUUACCUUAACCAUAACCAUUACCUAACCCUAACCAUAACCCUUACCUUAACCAUAACCAUUACCUAACCCUAAACCUUACCUUAACCAUAACCUAACCCUAACCCUUACCUUAACCAUAACCAUUACCUAACCCUUACCCAUUACCUAACCCUAACCCUAACCCUUACCUUAACUAUAACCAUAACCAUUACCUAACCUUAACCCUUACCUUAACUAUAACCAUUACCUAACCCUAACCCUUACCUUAACCAUUUUAAAUGUCAACUUCAAUGGGGUAGGGACCUCCCAAGGAUCCAGGAUAGCAAAGACACUGACAAGCCUUUCUAGAUGAGUCAUACUGUUCCUAAUCACAGACCUGAAGUCAUCAAUCAAGCAUUCCUUUGUAGCUUGACUCACAACUCACAUUUUUUGCUUAAGGGAGAGAAUUCUACCACAGAGAUGUAUUCCAGGGAUUUAAUUGGAGAGUGCUGUUCCACAAUGGAGCACAUCUGUGUUCUAGACAAUUGAAUAACUGUACAGUCUUCAUAAUUUACAUUAAAGUUGUGAAUACAAUGUACAUUGUAGCAGUUGUAGUUGUCAACUCUGAACUGCCUUAUACCAUUCUAAGGUAUCGAAUGACAGUACUGAGACAGAAAUAGACACUGCCUAAGGUAUCUAAUGACAGUACUGAGACAGAAAUAGACACUGCUGUGCUGUAUGUAAUGGAGCGUGACAUUUUCGUCCUCAAUUUGAUCUUUCAUUUUUAAAAUGCUGAUGCUGCUAUGGUAGGUUUUGUGUGAUAUUUAACUAUAUUUUGUGUAAUACUGGUUAUGCCUGCACCUUUGAGUUGACCUGCACUUAAUUUUUGUUGUGAAAGGAUACACAAGCAUGAACACGUACUUCUUCAAAUGGCAUGGAUUUGCUGACAUUUGCGUUGAUACUGUAACAGUAAAGGUUUUAUAGAAAUAGAAAGUGUUCUCUCUCAUUCAACGGUCUCUACAAAACCACACCCAUACAGUGCAUUCAGAAAGUAUUCACACCCCUUGACUUGACUUUUUCCACAUUUUGUUGUGUUAAAGCCUGAAUUUAAAAUGGAUAAAAUUCCGAUUUUUUGUGUUACUGGCCUACACACAAUACCCCAUAAUGUCAAAGUGGAAUUAUGUUUUUUUUCGAAAUGUUUACUAAUUAAUUUAAAUGAAAAAGUGAAAUGUCUCGAGUCAUUAAGUAUUCAACCCCUUUGUUAUGGCAAGCCUAAAUAAGUACAGGAAUAGAAAUGUGCUUAACAAGUCACAUAAUAAGUUGCAUGUACUCACUCUGUGUGCAAUAAGCAUUAUACAACGGGUUAAAACCGAAUUCCAACCUGUGUCUAUUCCACAUGCUACCACCAGUUAAAUCUAUGACGUCGAAAUGCUUAUUUACUCUGUUCCAUCUGACUGUGCAAUCCACUGUCUCAUCAGCCCAGCCAGGCAAUUUAUGUACUAGGUCUACACUGUAAAAAGCAUCUAGACAUUAGUUCCCAUUUCUUUUAGACCAACAUUUGGUUUUCAACAGCAGAGAUUUGUAUUGACCUUGCUGUUUGUCUGUCCUACAAGGAAAAUAAAAUAAAGUUUACACUUUU